AUGCGAUUCUUAAAUGUUCAGCUUCUCUGCGCAAACCAAAAAUCCCAAACGCUUGAAAUUAGCGACAACCACGGCGACGGAUUUCUCAUUCCCUCUCAUUUCUCAGCCCUCGACACUCUAACCCUAAUCGCCACCCAGUUUCUGCAAUCAGUCGCCGGUCUCGCCGGGUCGUUCUCAAACACCGCUAACCCUACAGAGGCUAAUCUCUUCGACAUAGUCAAUGGUCUUCAAGAUAUCUCUCUAUCUACUUCCGGUUGUUUUCCCGGUGGCUCAACGCUGCGCAACACAGACGCGCACUGCUUGAUCAAAUCCACCGUCGUCAUCCGGAACCUCUCCGAUUUCGUCAAUUACGCUUCUGAGAUCCCUUUUGCAAAGCCGUUACCGAGACGGAAAAUCAACAGAUCGUCGGGAGGAGAUUUGACACGUAUGCCUCGAUCGCCGGAGAUGAAAUCCAUUCCAGCUUGGCUUCCACCUUUCCUGGAUUACAGCCUCUACCUCGACCGCUGUACAGAGGAGAAAUCCGAUCACCUGUGGGAAAACUCUCUACAAGUUUCAUCAUCCUGGGAGAGAUUUGAUUGA